AUGGCUCCGUCGCGAGUGAACAUUGCAAGAGAGCACAUUCUCAACCUCCAACCCGCACCCAUUCCCGAACCAGGCAUCGUUCUUCAGAUCCGCACAGGCAAGAAGCAAGCUCUCGGACCGCACGAAAGUGCCAUUGCCAAACAUCCCAUCGAAGGCCUCAUCUUCGCGAGCGAGACCGGUCUGACAGGCGAUGAGCACGUCUAUCGUUUUCACGGCGGUACCGAGAGGGCUUUGCACCAAUACAAUGCCAACCACUACGCAGACUGGCGAGCAGAAGACCCGCCACAGCCGGAGUUGUUCGAUAUAGGAGGUUUUGGCGAAAAUCUCACCACCACGAAUAUGAACGAGGAGAAUGUGUGCGUCGGCGACUUGUAUCAGUUGGGCGAGCAUGUGCUUCUGCAAGUCAGCGAACCGCGGAAUCCGUGCUACAAGUUGAAUGUGCGAUUUGCGUGGGAUCGCGCGUUGAAGCGUAUCCAGCGUACAGGACGUGUGGGGUGGAAUUAUCGCGUGCUACGAACGGGAUACAUUCAAACCGGCGAUAGCAUCUCGCUCGUCGAACGUCCGCAUCCGCUAUGGUCGGUGAUGAAUGUCCAACGUGUCAUUCAAGCGCCAUCUGUACCUCUGCGGCUUCUCGAAGAGUGCAGUGAGCUGGAAGUGCUCACAGACAAAUUCCGGGGCUUAGCUGCGCGGAGACUGGAAGCUGCUUCGAAGCGGUAUACCGUGGUGGACAUUACAAGGAUUACGCCCCGGGUGAAACAAUUCACUUUUACCCUUCGUGAGCCCCUGAGGCUUUCGAAUCCGGCGUUCUCACCUUUUGCUUUUGCUCAUAUUCGCUUUGGUCCCGACUUUGGUUUCGCUCGAGCAUAUUCUAUCGUCUCGGGGGACUUGCGGACGUUUCAGCUAGGUGUUGCACUCGACGAGCACUCUCGUGGUGGGUCCGAGUAUCUGCAUCAUCAACUCCAGAUGGGAGACGAGAUUGAAAUGGUUUCCGGCGCGAAUCCGAGAGCCGUGGCUGACGAAGAGAUGUGCAACGAGAAACAAUGUGUCAGCCAUCGUCUCGUCAUUGUCGGUGGAAUUGGUAUUACAGCCUUUCUGCCUGCAAUCACACAAUGGCAACAAGAAGGUCUAUCCUUUGAAAUCCACUACGCAGUCCGAAGCGAUGAGGAUGCGGCGUUUACAACAACAUCAACAACAAGAAGUAGUACUACUGGUAGUACCAGUACUGCUACUCUACCCCCAGAAGCAACGCACAUCUACUCCAAAGCACACAACCAACGCAUGGACCUCACCGCCCUAAUCCCUCCACCCCUCACCCGCACCAAAAUCUACUGCAGUGGCCCCACCCGACUCCUCCAACAAUGCCAACAACUUACAACCGAAUUACACUACCCCACUCACAUGACCCAUUUCGAAAAUUUCCAGCAGUCAUCAUCAUCAUCAUCACCCAACAGCAGCAAUCGAGGCGCCCCCUUCACCGUGCAAAUCCACGAGCCCGAAACCGGCCGCAAAGAAAUUCUUCAUGUGCCUGCGGAGAAGAGUUUGUUGCAAAUUUUGAGAGAAGCGGGAUUCGAGAAUGUCAUGUCGAGUUGUGAGACGGGUGCGUGUGGAGCUUGUAGGGUUACGCUGUGUAAGGGAGAAGUGGAAUUUAGGAGUACGGUGUUGAUGGAGGGGGAGAGGAAGAGGGCUUUGCAGAGUUGUGUGGAUCGGGGGGUGGGGAGGAUUGAGAUUGAGAUCGAUUGAUUGAGGUAGAUGGAUGGCGUUUUGAGGAGAGGUUUUGGGUGAUGCGUGGAUCCGGAUUAUGAUGAUGCGUGGGGAUUGGGUGGGUUUCUUCGAAAAGGGUUGAUAUUGGAUCAAGGGAUUGCUAGGCAUACGCACGAGUAGAUCUAUACUGGUGUGGAGGAUGUGCCUCAGCCUAUCGAAGCAGCACAACAGUAUGAUCGUACGGAGUCAAUGAGGGAGAGAUCAAUUAGAGGCUUGGAUGGAUGAUAAUAAGAUGAGAGAAGAG